CCCCCCCCCCCCGUCUGCAGGCGUUUGACUGACAGAUGAAUAGCCCACUUUGUGGUGAGGCGAUGAUUCGUGGGCAUCUUGUUUCUCUUGGUCCGCUGCUGCUAUGUGAUAGCCGGCGUUUUAUUCCCUGUCUCAGUCAGCAGACAUGCUGCCUCCCCUGCCAAGCACUAAGAGCUGGCCUGACUGCGAGGACGGCCAGGUGAAACGGUGCCCUGCUAUCUGCCCCUGAGUUCAAUUGGGGUUGAACAGGCAUCGUGUAGGCCCGUUCGGGGAUGAAACCAAACCACCGUCUGGUCGCUGGUCGCAGUUAACUUUUAUUUCAGAAAUGUUUAAGAUCGUCCCAAUAAUCUGCCUGGCGAUGCUGCUUCCUGGAGUGGCUCACUCGGCUGAGGGUCACUACGCCCAGAAGCUUCUGAAUGAUCUGAUGGAGAAUUAUUCCAGCGCUCUGCGGCCUGUGGAGGACACGGACAGCGCCCUCAAUGUCACCUUACAGAUCACCCUGUCUCAGAUCAAAGACAUGGAUGAGAGGAACCAAGUGCUGAUUGCCUACCUGUGGAUCAGACAGACGUGGAAUGAUGCGUACCUGAAGUGGAAUAAAGAGGAUUAUGAUGGACUGGAGGUGAUUCACAUCCCCAGCAGCCUGGUGUGGAGGCCCGACCUCGUCCUCUAUAACAAAGCCGAUGAUGACUUUUCAGGGCCAAUGGACACCAACGUGAAACUUCGCUACAACGGAGAGAUAACCUGGGAUGCUCCUGCCAUCACUAAGAGCUCCUGCGUAGUUGAUGUCUCCUACUUCCCCUUUGACAGCCAGGAAUGUAACUUGACUUUCGGUUCCUGGACUUACAAUGGCAACCAGGUAGACAUCAUUAUGGGCAUGGACAGCGGCGACCUGUCAGACUUUGUGGAAAAUGUCGAGUGGGAGUGCCACGGGAUGCCGGCCACCAAGAAUGUCAUCAUGUAUGGCUGUUGCUCUGACCCGUAUCCAGACAUCACCUACACGGUGCUCCUGCAGCGGCGCUCCUCUUUUUACAUCUUCAACCUCCUCGUCCCAUGCUUCCUAAUCUCCUUUUUGGCUCCUCUGGGUUUCUACCUACCUGCAGAUUCUGGGGAGAAGGUUUCUCUGGGAGUGACAGUUCUUCUGGCUCUCACUGUAUUCCAGCUAAUGGUGGCUGAGAGCAUGCCUCCAUCUGAGAGCGUGCCGCUUAUAGGGAAGUACUAUAUUGCCACUAUGACCAUGGUCACAGCCUCUACAUCUCUCACCAUCUUCAUCAUGAACAUCCACUUCUGUGGUGCGGAGGCCAAACCAGUCCCCCACUGGGCAAAAGUUCUCAUCAUUGACUACAUGUCCAAGAUUUUCUUUGUUUAUGAGGUGGGCGAGAACUGUGCCUCCCCCUCCUCCACCACUUCUUUGUCUUCUCAUUUCGCCCAGGAUGACAUUCAUCAUCACCACCUCAGCUCCCACAUUCAUGCAAAUGGAAAACCAGGAAGCCACAGUAGCCAACAGGAUUGUCUGAAACACAAACACCCCAGACCUCAGACCCCCAAACCACAGCACCAUCCCAGAGUGAAAGCCCAGCACCACAUUACCAGAGAAGACAGGAGCCACCUCUCCAGCUAUGCACCUCGGAAAUAUGAAGGCUCUAAUGGGAAAGUCCCAACAGGCAACUGCUGUAAAGAAGACCAAAAGGUCCCCUGCUACUCUGAAGACCAAAAGCUUCUGUGCUGCUCUGAAGACAAAAAGCCUCUGCCUCGAGGCCCCACUGUGACCUUUGGCCCCUGUGUGUUCUGCAGUUAUGGUAGUGGCAUUCCUGGUGUGGACACCAAGCUGGUGCGCAACGUUGAAUAUAUUGCAAAGUGUUUCCGAGAGCAGAAGGCCACAUGCGCUAAAGGGGCAGAAUGGAAGAAGAUCGCUAAGGUGAUGGACAGAUUCUUCAUGUGGAUCUUCUUCAUCAUGGUUUUCCUGAUGAGCAUCCUCAUCAUUGGCAAGGCACCAUGAUCAAGCAGCAGCAGUUUAGUUACUUUUGAUACUUGACUCUGACCUUUUUUUUUUGGUCAAACAAAAAUGUCAAAGGGACUAUUUUGUGUUUUAUAAAUAUAUUUGAUGUAUAUGGAUGUAUUGUGGCUUUCUCUUUAUUAAUGACGACAGUAUACAUGGUAACAUUGCAGUCUUUGGACUUCAACAAAAACAGAACACAUUGAGACAGACUUUGAUAAUGUAUGCAGGCAAUGUAGAAAACUUGUAAUGAAAGAGACACUGGCUACAACAAAUUGUGUUUGGUAUGCAUUUUGGAUACCCUGCUUCCUAUACAGUCUGUACCAUCUUUACUGAUAGUGUGUUGUAAAUGAAUAUCUUAUUACCAUCAAACUCCCAUCAACCAUGGCUUUGAUACACAGGUACUUCAUCAUCUGACCAUUGAAUACACAUAAGGGGAUCUGCUGUCAAUGUUAAAAUAUAACCAGUGGAGACAGCACAUGUCUUAUUAACUACUUUGAAAUCAGAUGCCUGAGGCUGAGAGUUACAGCGUCAGCACACGCUCUGGAUCCACAGAAUCAUUUUUUUGUUCAAAAUCAUCCAGUGAAUAUUUAAUGAGCAAGCUUUGUUUGUAGCACAGCCAGGGCAGUGGGGAUGAAAGGUAAUAUGGAGCAUCAAUUAUGUAACACAGAACACACUCUGACACCCCUCUCUACCAAAAACCCCUUACCUUGAACUUGGAAAAUUCUGACAUAUGUUGCAUUUAUAAAUAUGAUGUAUUGCUGUAAAUUUAUCAACCUAUUUGUAUAUAAAGUAGUUGGGUACUUAUAUGCCACCUGCACCAACAGCAGUAAUAUACCAUUUAAGAUGAAGAAUACUCUGAAAUGGGUUCAUUCUUCAUGAUGAAUACUUUUAAUACUCAUAUACAUUUUGCUGAUAAACAAAGUCCAGAAAUUUCCUAAACUAGCUAGGCACUGUUGCGUUUGGUAAAUGUUACUGAAACAGUGUGUUCUUUGUGGACUGUUUUCAGAUGUAGAUUUGGUGUGCUGGUGCGUAUUUAUGGUAACCGGAUGGUGUAUGUGGAACCUACUCAAAAUAAACUACAGUGUCCAUGUUCCUUGUGAUG